GCGCCUGCGCGUGGCCCGGGCGCCGCGGUUCUUGACUGUGCAGCGCCGGGCGCCGGCAGUAGCCAUGCAGAAAGCCGACUCCGAGCAGCCCGCUAAGCGGCCCCGACACGAUGGCAGCCCAAGAACCCCGCCCAGCACCCCUUCCGCAGCGGCGGAGAGGUCCCCGGGCCCCGACCUCCCUUCCGACCACCAGACCUGGGGCCCGGAGCAGGUGUGCUGCUUCCUAAAGCGCUGUGGCUUCGGUGAUCCCGGACUGCUGGAGCGCUUCCGAGAAAAUGAAAUCACAGGUUCAUUACUGCCCUAUCUUGACGAGUCUCUUCUUGAAGAGCUUGGCGUAAGUUCCUUGGGGGAGAGAAAGAAGCUGCUUAAUUAUAUCCAACAACUGAGUCAAAUUCAUGUUGAUACUAUGAAGGUAAUUAAUGAUCCUAUCCAUGGCCACAUUGAACUCCACCCUCUCCUCAUCCGAAUCAUUGACACACCUCAAUUUCAGCGGCUUCGAUAUAUUAAACAGUUGGGAGGCGGUUACUAUGUUUUUCCAGGAGCUUCACACAAUCGAUUUGAGCAUAGUCUAGGUGUGGGGUAUCUAGCAGGAUGUCUGGUUCGCGCAUUACGUGAAAAACAACCAGAGCUGCAGAUAAGUGAACGAGACAUGCUCUGCGUUCAGAUUGCUGGGCUUUGUCAUGAUCUUGGUCAUGGGCCAUUUUCUCAUAUGUUUGAUGGAAGAUUUAUUCCACUUGCUCGCCCAGAUGUGAAAUGGACGCAUGAAGAGGGCUCAGUUAAGAUGUUUGAGCACCUAGUUAAUUCUAAUGGACUCAGAGCUGUCAUGGAACACUAUGGUCUCAUUCCUGAAGAAGAUAUUUGCUUUAUCAAGGAACAAAUUACAGGACCACUUGAAACACCCACCAAAGAUUUUUUGUGGCCAUACAAAGGGCGUCCUAAAGAGAAAAGCUUCCUUUAUGAGAUAGUGGCCAAUAAAAGAAAUGGCAUUGAUGUGGACAAAUGGGAUUAUUUUGCCAGGGACUGUCAUCAUCUUGGAAUCCAAAAUAAUUUUGAUUAUAAGCGCUUUGUUAAGUUUGCCCGUGUCUGUGAAGUAGAUAAUAGGAAGCAUAUUUGUACUAGAGAAAAGGAGGUUGGGAAUCUGUAUGAUAUGUUCCACACACGCAACUGUUUGCACCGUAGAGCUUAUCAACACAAAGUUGGCAACAUCAUUGAUACAAUGAUUACAGAUGCUUUCCUCAAAGCAGACCCCUACAUAGAGAUUACAGGUGCUGAAGGAAAAAAGUAUCAUAUUUCUACAGCAAUUGAUGACAUGGAAGCCUUCACUAAGCUAACAGAUAAUAUUUUUCUGGAGAUUUUGUACUCUACUGAUCCCAAAUUGGAUGCAGCACGAAAGAUUUUAAAAAAAAUUGAAUACCGUAAUCUAUACAAGUAUGUGGGUGAGACUCAGCCAGUGGGACAAACAAAGAUUAAAAGGGAAAGCUAUGAACGCCUUCCAAAAGAGGUUGCCAACGCUAAACCUAAGGACGUGUUGCUAGAAGCUGAACUGAAGGCUGAAGAUUUCGUAGUGGAUGUUAUCAACAUGGAUUAUGGAAUGGAAGACAAGAAUCCUAUUGAUCAUGUUCGCUUCUAUUGUAAGAGUGACCUCAGGAAAGCAAUCAUGAUUACAAAAAAUCAGGUUUCACAACUUUUGCCAGAGAAAUUUGCAGAGCAGCUAAUCCGAGUGUAUUGUAAGAAGACGGAUGAGAAGAGUUUGUUUGCUGCGCGACAACAUUUUGUUCAGUGGUGCUUAGUCAAAAAUUUCACCAAGCCGCAGGAUGGUGAUGUUGUAGCCCCACUUAUAACACCUCUAAAACGGGAGUGGAAUUACACGGAUUCAGCCCAGAGUCCAGCUCGCAUCCGAGAACCAGCCAGAUUCAGAGUCCGGCUUUUUCCGGAUGACUCCACGUGAAUGUCUGCCAUCAGUUGUUUACAAAGAGCCCCCCCCAACACAAUUAACUAAUUUAGGGAAUUCGAUCAUAGAGUUUUACAAAUUUAGUGACGACUAGUGCUUUUUAUUUUAUAUUUUGAAUGUACACACGUGCUGAGGCUAGGUAAUUUUUUUUUGAGGUAACACUGGUUUAUAACAUAGAUUUCAGGUGUGCAACAUCAUAGUUCGACAUCUGUAUAUACUACGGCGUGCUCACCACCGAAAGUCUAGUUUCCGUCCAUCACCAUGCAUUUGACCCCCUUUACCCGUUUUGUCCUCCCCCCACCCCCCUUCCCCUCUGGUAACCACCAGUCUGUUAUCUGUGAAGCUAAGUAAUUUGUAUGCAAAGCAACAAAAAGGUAUUAGGUAAAUCUUGCUAUACAUACUAUGAAAAGCAUUACCCUGCCUAUUUUUAGUAUUAAUUAAAGGCUUUCUCCUUUAGUAGUCUAUUUUCUUAGAAUAACAAUCCUUUUAUGUACUCUGAAUUCUUAUGACGUACGAUUGUUUUCUAAAAACAAUAAUUGGAAAUGAGAUAAGGGUGCACAUUGGAAUUUGAAGUUGGGAUUGUCAUGAACAGCCAUGGUUAAAAACAAAAUAUAAAAUCCUAGCCCCCUGAGGAGGUACCCAUCACCCUGAAUUUGAGGACAGCUCUCAUUAAGUGAUCUAAACAUUAGUGAAAGAACCUUCCCUCACCCUUUCGGCCAGGUUGGGGUAAACGGUCAACAGUAGGAGAUGAGGGCCAGGAGUAGGCUGUAACUCUUUGGUGAGAGACCUGAUUAAUUUAUUGAAAAGAUCUGAGGGCUCUGGCCUCCUCUAAAGUGGGACAUAAAACUACCUUUUAGGAGAUCCCUCCCCCAGUGACAGAGGGAUCGCCCAAAUCAGGCUGUUCUCUGCGUCAGCUGUGGCUCUAGACCUGGGCGGUUUCUUCUCUCCUGAAUAUUCACUGCCCGAGUCCCGAGGGCUUUACCACUGCCCCGCCUGGAGAAGAAGGCUCCCCUCUGACCGCUCUCUGCAUCUUCCUCGUGAGCUGAUCAGAGGCUGUCGCAGGAAGCAUCCUUGGGGCUACUCAGAGCUGAGACUUGGUUUUUGCUGGUUCAGUACAUUUGAUGGGUUUCAGAGCAAAGACUGGGCUGCCUGUGCCUAGACCAGUGAUUACCCAGUGAAUUCCAGGCUCCCUUUGUAACUUGAUGUUCCCAGCAGUUGCUCUUUACCUACAGCAGUGGAGUAGGCACCACUGUGGUUGAGCAAUGUUCCUGUGCCCAGGGCACCCCACAUUACCCCCCCAAACAUCUCCAGAUCUACAGAAAUUCACCAAGAACCCAGUCUGGAGUUGGAGUCAAAGCGUGACCUCUAAAGCAUUCAGUGGGGGAAACUAGAGGUCUCAGAUUUCCUGGACCCAGACCCAAGGUCAAGAAUGGAAAUAUUUGUCUGCUAAGAUUGUUUUAUUUCUGCAACUCCUACCUUUAAAUCAUUGUGAUUUACUCUGGAAUUUUGUAUUCCAAUAUUAUAUCAUUGUGCCAUCUGAGAAACAGCUUGAAUCUAUUUUGUUUGCAUCUUUUGUUACUUAUAAGGCAGCUGCACUUUGUGCUCUUGGCAACUGUUUUAAUUAUGAGAAGUGUGUGCAGUUUACAAGGUUAAAUUUUUCUUAAGAAACAUCUUCACUCUUUGUAUAAAAACGGAGGCUUUAACAGCUUAGUCUCCAGAGUUACUGAACUUGUCACCUUGAGACUGUAAAUAGAACUGCAAGUUUAAAUGACUGGUUACUUCAUUUGGGUGAGGGAAACAGCUGCAAUAAAGCUUUGUGAAUGUA